AUGCACGAGAUUGGUUCUAUUCCGCAGGACACAAUCAUAGGUGCAGCAUGUGGAAACAGAUUUGCACUGGCCUCUUGGGAUUGCAAACUGUGCCUGUACUCUGGAGACACGCUUGAGUUGAUUGGACAGGUGAGCACUGAUGCUCCUGUUACAAGAGUCAUCAUGUCUUCAAGCGCUGCAGAUGGGGAUGGCUCUACACGGGUUAUCACUGGGGACAUUGAAGGAAAAGUCUGUGUGUAUGACGGUUUUCUCAACAAGACAAAGGAAAUACAAAGCGGAGCAGGUGGAAUACAGCUUCUUCAUGAGUAUGGCUGCACAGUGGUUGCUGGCGGAUGGAACAAGAAAGUUGUGUUUAUUGAAUCAGGCGGGAUAAGGAACACACUAGAUGUUGAUGGAAAGAUACAUUGCUCGGCCAUUCUUGGAGAUGUGCUGGUUUGUGGGCUGCAAAGCUCUGUUGUGGCAUAUAGCUUAAGCAGCUGCUCGAUGUUUUUCAGACGAUUGUUCGAUAUGCCUGUGCGCUCACUGGCAAUUCAUGCAAACGGGUUUUUUGCUGGAACUACAAGUGGAAGAAUAUACUAUGAGGAUUUUGUAAACGGAGACCAUUCGUAUGUCUUCAAUGGGCAUUACGACAUUUCUGGUGGAGUAAAGACAUUCUAUCCAGUCAAUGCAUUGGUUGUUCACAAGCACCUGUAUUCUGGCGGAUCUGAUGGGAAGCUGCUAAGGUGGAGGCUUGGAUCAAAGAAAACAUGCAAGGUGGUGCACACACAGCCAGUUGGUGUCAGUAGCAUAUUCAUUGUAUCAAGUCGAUUAUUUGUGGCGUUUUCAUACACUCAUGACAAUGGACAGAUCGAAAAAUACUGUAGCAAGGCAUUUGCAAUUGAUAUGUGA